UGGCUGUAGUCGGCCGGCGGCGCGCCCGAGAGCUUAGCGGUUCCGGCGGCUGAGGCGGCUCCAGCGCGGGGCCUCGCCGGCAGUGUCCGCGGCCGCGGGAGAGGCGGGCGCGGCGGCCGCCGGGUGCCAGAGCCCCAAGCGCGAAAAGUCACCACCCAUAUAAUGGAUUUUGUCUGACUCUGUAGAUCAGAUUGCUUUCUUCUGGAUAUCCUAAAUAUAAGAAAUAUGCAUAAUUUCUUAUUUCUGCAAGUAGUCAUGACUGCUGAAAAAAGAAAUUUUUUAAGGUGUAGCAGAAGUGAUUUUGGUACCUUGAAUGGAGAUCUUGAUUUUGUCUUUAAUAUUUGAUAACCUUUUGCUAAAGGUAUGAAAAAGCAAAGAACUUCCCUCAGUAGGCAAGUGCACAUUAAUAAGAAUGCCUAGAAGAGGCUUGAUUCUUCAGACCCGGACCCAUUGGCUGCUGUUGGGGCUCGCUUUGCUCUGUAGUUUGGUACUAUUUAUGUACCUUCUGGAAUGCGCCCCCCAGACUGAUGGAAAUGCUUCUCUUCCGGGUGUCAUUGGGGAGAAUUAUGGUAAAGAAUAUUAUCAAGCCCUCCUACAGGAGCAAGAAGAGCAUUAUCAAACCCGGGCAACCAGUCUGAAACGCCAAAUUGCCCAACUCAAACAAGAAUUACAAGAAAUGAACGAAAAGAUGAGAUCAUUGCAAGAGAGAAAGAACGUAGGGGGUAAUGGCAUAGACUUUCAAGGCAACAAAGAGCAAGCACCUAGUGACCUUUUAGAGUUUCUUCAUUCCCAAAUUGACAAAGCUGAAGUUAGCAUCGGAGCCAAAAUUCCGAGUGAGUACGGCGUCAUUCCCUUUGAAAGUUUUACCUUAAUGAAGGUAUUCCAAUUGGAAAUGGGUCUCACUCGCCAUCCUGAGGAAAACCAGUUGAAAGACAAGAGAGAUGAAUUGGUAGAAGUUAUUGAAGCUGCCUUGGACGUCAUUAAUAAUCCCGAUGAAGACGAUGAAUCGGAAGAUGAGGAUGGGCCACUAGGAGAGAAACUGCUAUUUAAUGAAAAUGACUUCCUAGAAGGUUAUUAUCGCACCGAGAAAGAUAAGGGCACACAGUAUGAACUCUUUUUUAAGAAAACAGACCUUAUGGACUAUAGACAUGUGACCCUCUUCCGCCCUUUUGGACCUCUCAUGAAAGUAAAGAGUGAGAUGAUUGACAUUUCUAGAUCAAUUAUUAAUAUCGUUGUGCCACUUGCUGAAAGAACUGAAGCAUUUGCACAGUUUAUGCAGAACUUCAGGGAUGUAUGCAUUCAUCAGGACAAGAGGAUUCACCUCACAGUGGUGUAUUUUGGUAAAGAAGGACUAUCUAAAGUCAAGUCUAUCCUAGAAUCUGUUGCAAGUGAGUCUAAUUUUCAAAAUUACACCUUGGUCUCAUUGAAUGAAGAAUUUAAUCGUGGACGAGGACUAAAUGUGGGUGCCCGAGCUUGGGACAAGGGAGAGGUCUUGAUGUUUUUCUGUGAUGUUGAUAUAUAUUUCUCAGCUGAAUUCCUCAACAGCUGCCGGUUAAAUGCUGAGCCAGGUAAAAAAGUGUUUUACCCCGUGGUGUUCAGUCUCUAUAAUCCUGCCAUCGUUUAUGCCAAUCAGGACGAGCCUCCGCCUGUGGAGCAGCAACUAGUUCACAAAAAGGAUUCUGGCUUUUGGCGAGAUUUUGGCUUUGGAAUGACUUGUCAGUAUCGAUCAGAUUUUUUGACAAUUGGUGGAUUUGACAUGGAAGUCAAAGGUUGGGGUGGAGAAGAUGUUCAUCUUUAUAGGAAGUACUUACAUGGUGACCUCAUCGUGAUUCGGACUCCGGUUCCUGGUCUCUUCCACCUCUGGCAUGAAAAGCGCUGUGCCGAUGAGCUGACACCCGAACAGUACCGCAUGUGCAUCCAGUCCAAGGCCAUGAACGAGGCCUCCCACUCCCAUCUGGGAAUGCUGGUCUUCCGGGAGGAGAUAGAGACGCACCUGCACAAGCAGGCGUACAGGACAAACAGCGAGGCUGCUGCGUAGCAGUCAGGAUGCAUCACAGCCUCAGCCACAAACCAGCACGAUUUGUUUAGCCUUAAUUCCAGUUCAGAUGCAGUGCCUCUUUCAGAGACAAAAUCUUUAUCUUUUGAGUCCUUUCAGAUAUGUUUUUACUUUAGCAGUUCAACUUGAUAUGAGAAGGAAAAUCAAGUGUUUAAAUACAAAGCCUGCUUUUUGAGAAUACUGCCCUAUAGAAUACUUGGGAAAUUGAAAUGUGGUGUUUGUCCCAAAAGUAGCUUUGACUUCAUUUCAGCCCUUGCAUCCCAUGUCCAGGAUGGGUGGGAUGGUUAAACGUGCUGUGCUAACGGCGGGGCAGGGGCAGCAGGGCCCUCCAGAGAGGACAGAGGGUUACAGAGGUUUUCACCUGCUGCCCACUCAGUGAACCUGCUUGAUCUGUAAGUGGAAAUCGUAUGUAAAUUGCUGAAGCAGAGAGUAAUAAAUGACACAUCUGGAAUCUCGGCAGAAAUCAAAACUUAAUGUUGCUUAGCCCCCUGAAUGUCUCUUGUUAAACAAAUGAGUAAUAGUAGAAAAUACUUAGGAUAGAAUCUAUGGCUUGAUAAAAAAAAAUAAUGUGUUAUUACAUUAUUAUCAUGUUCAGGAUUAUACUCAGAGUUGCUGUAUGCUCAAGAGUUUUGAACAAACAGAAAUAAACCUGGAAAGGUUUUUAACAGAACAUUUAAUUACGUUGGCAUAUAAGAUGCUAGCUGUGUCUGAGAAUAUCACUUUAUGUGAGCCAGGCCACAUCAGCUCCUGCUUGUGGCAGCUCAGAAUUGAUGAGCAUGGCAUGGUUUUGUUUGUUUGUUGCUUUGUAUUGUCUCAUUUAACAUGGAUCCAUAUGUAUUUAUUUUCCUUUAUUUUCUAAUAUGUUAAUAUACACUAUGUCUAUGGGGAAAAUGUAUUUGCAUAUUUGAGUUGAGAGAGCAUUUCACUGGAGGGAAGAAAAAGCAAUUUAAUGCCUUAUACCAGAAGAUCACACUGAUUUGGUAAAAGAGAGGAGGGGGGACUGGUAUGAAUGGAAAUCUGAAUUGCAGAAUGUUGUAGAGAAAUACAUUGUAUUAUUACAGAUAGAAUGAUGUUUUAAUUGAGGCAUAAGUCAUAUUAAUGAGAUAAGGUGAAUAAGAAAUUAUAUUCAGUAGGACUGAACUAUUAUUUAUCACGCUCGGGUCUUCUACCAUAGGGUCAAUUACUAGAUCCAGAAAUUGGAGAUAUGGUAAAAGGCAUGCAUACAUUUUUGAACCUUUGGCUUUUAAAAGGGACUAUAUUGAAUUCUUUCUAUGUGUACAUAAACUCCUGAAAAUUCACAGAAGAAAAAACAUUGCAAGUUUUACUCAGUAAAUCAUAUCAUCUGAAAUAUUCCAAAUUCCACACUUCUGGGUGCUACAUGAAUUUAGUUUUAUAAUAAUUCUAACUAAUUAUUCUCAGAGCUUUUAAGUUGGAGUAGCAGUUAGGCAUGUUUUUAAAGUGUGUAAAAUGUUCUCUACAGAAUUAUUCAGGCUAUUGUCCUUUUUUAUAUAAACAAGGAUUCCUUUGUUUUUCAUCAUGAACGCCAGUGAAUUAUGGUACUUAAAGUGAGAGAAUGUAAUUACUGCAGAAGUAAAUUGCAGCUUGUUUUCUGACAGAAUCACAGGAUUUUACCUUUUCUCCUGUUUUUUCAAGCAGCUUUUUAUUUGAAGAGGAAGUUAAGCAGUGAAAACAUCACUAUGUUUUUGACAUUACACGGUACUAAUAAAAGUAUUUUAUUACCAAAAGUUAAA